UGUAAUUGGCUGAUGUUGGGCCUCUCAUGUAAUUGGCUGAUGUUUGGCCUCAGGAACAGUUCCCAUAGUUACAGGGGUGGGACUUGUUCCCCUCAGGGCGCUCAGUAAUAGGGUGACUGCCCCUCUGGGGGGUCCGGUCCCUUGUAGGGGGGGGUCAGAUGACCCUUUGCCAUGGUGCCCGCUGUGCCCUCUCCCAAUUCCGGGUACCCAGGCGCUUGCUGUGCCACCCCCCCAGGCACCCUGAUGCCCCCCGGUACCAUGUGGUGGUUGUUGGGGGAGGACAUGCAGGGACUGAAGCUGCUGCUGCUGCUGCCAGGACUGGUGCCCACACCCUGCUCAUAACACACAAGCUGGGUACUAUAGGCCAGAUGUCCUGCAACCCCUCGUUUGGUGGCAUCGGCAAGGGGCACCUCCUGCGGGAGAUUGAUGCCCUCGAUGGGCUCUGCGCUCGCAUUUGUGACCUGUCAGGGAUUCACUACAAGGUCCUGAACCGCUGCAAGGGGCCGGCUGUGUGGGGGCUGCGCGCUCAGAUAGACCGGGAGUUGUACCGGCACAAUAUGCAGAAGGAGAUCCUGCGCACCCCUCGUCUGACCGUGAUGGAAGGUUCUGUUGAAGAUCUAAUUUUAGAGGCACCGGACCCCAAUCUCCCUGGGAAAUGUCAGGUCAAGGGAGUCGUCUUAGGAGAUGGCAGCCCGGUGUUGGCAAGCAGUGUGGUACUGACCAAUGGUACAUUCCUGCGUGGAACGGUGAGGAUCGGAUUGGAGGAGCAGCCUGCAGGGCGCUGGGGGGAGGAGCCAGCAGUGGGUCUGGCACAGACACUGGAUCAUUUGGGGUUCACAGUGGGGCGGCUAAAGACUGGCACCCCCCCUCGUAUUGCCAAGAACUCUGUGGAUUUCGGUGCUGUGGAGAGGCACGAGGCCGACAGCCCCCCGGUUCCGUUCAGCUUCAUGAGUGACAAAGUCUGGAUCCAGCCACAGAUGCAGCUCCCGUGUCACCUGACCAGUACCACGCCCGGGGUGGAGCAGAUUGUCCGGGAGAACCUUCACCUGAGUAGCCACGUCCAGGAGACCACUGCCGGACCCCGGUACUGCCCAUCCAUUGAAUCCAAGGUGUUGCGCUUCCCAGGCAGGAGUCACCAGGUGUGGCUGGAGCCCGAAGGGGUAGAUUCUGAUGUCAUUUACCCCCAGGGGCUGUCGGUGACCAUCCCGGCCGAAGCUCAGGAGAGGCUUUUACGUCAAAUCCCUGGGCUUGAAAACGUGUGCAUGUUAAGGCCAGGUUAUGGGGUACAGUAUGAUUUCCUGGACCCCCGCCAGCUGCGCAGUUCGCUGGAGACCCUCCUGGUGCAGAGGCUUUUCCUGGCCGGGCAGAUCAAUGGCACCACAGGGUAUGAGGAGGCAGCAGCCCAGGGAAUCGUUGCGGGUAUAAAUGCCGCGCUGCGAGUGAAGGGCCACCCCGCCUUCUCCAUUAGCCGCACCCAGGGAUAUAUUGGGGUUCUGAUAGAUGACCUGACGACGCAGGGAACGCGGGAGCCGUACCGCAUGUUCACCAGCCGCGCAGAGUUCCGCAUGUCACUGAGACCCGACAAUGCCGACACCCGGCUGUCUCUGAGAGGGUACGAGGAAGCCGGCUGUGUGUCCCAAGAACGCUAUGAGAGGGCUCGCGCCACCGCCGCCACCCUGGCACAGGGAUUGGCCAAGCUGAGAUCCCUGCAGCUGUCACCCCAAAAAUGGCAGCGAGUCAUUCCCGGAGUUCCCAUCAGCAGCAGCCGGGCGUCCCCCCUCAGUGCGCUGGAGCUGCUUCGGUACCAGGGAAUGGACCUGCCCACAAUCUCCCGCGCUUUACCCAAUCAGCUGGGAAGGUUCUGUGAGAGCCCAGAGAUUGCUCAGCGCCUAAAGAUUGAAGCCGUGUAUGAGGUGCACGUGUCUCAGCAGCAGAAGGAGAUUGUGGAGGUGCAGCGGGACGAGUCGCUGGUUCUGCCGGACAAUAUGGAUUAUCGGACCCUGGAUGCCGUCCUGUCUAUUGAGGUGCGAGAGAAGUUGGCAGAGAGCAGACCAGAAACGAUCGGCGCCGCCAGUCGGAUUCCUGGGGUGACACCGGCUGCUGUGGUCAAUCUUCUCAGGUAUGUGCGGAACAGAACCCAAGAACCCGCCAGACUCGGUUCUGAAACAGAAAGGAACGUAUCCACUGGAGGCAGGAACCACAAGCGCAGAACCAGCACCCUGGGGCAGACAUGGAGCCCAUAGACACUUUUUGCCUCUCUAGCAGCCUGACGUUUGCCUUCUUACCCCCCUCUCACCCCUCUGCCUUUGCCUCCUAUGGCAGUGCCCAGAGGGGUGGGGACGGAUGAGGAGCCCCUGGCGGAGCCCAGAGGGGGGUGGGGACGGAUGAGGAGCCCCUGGCGGUGCUCAGAGGGGGGUGGGGACGGAUGAGGAGCCCCUGGCGGUGCUCAGAGGGGGGUGGGGACGGAUGAGGAGCCCCUGGCGGAGCCCAGAGGGGGGUGGGGACGGAUGAGGAGCCCCUGGCGGUGCCCAGAGGGGGGUGGGGACGGAUGAGGAGCCCCUGGCGGUGCCCAGAGGGGGGUGGGGACGGAUGAGGAGUCCCUGGCGGUGCCCAGAGGGGGGUGGGGACGGAUGAGGAGUCCCUGGCGGUGCCCAGAGGGGGGUGGGGACGGAUGAGGAGUCCCUGGCGGAGCCCAGAGGGGGGUGGGGACGGAUGAGGAGCCCCUGGCGGUGCCCAGAGGGGGGUGGGGACGGAUGAGGAGUCCCUGGCGGUGCCCAGAGGGGGUGGGGACGGAUGAGGAGCCCCUGGCGGUGCCCAGAGGGGGGUGGGGACGGAUGAGGAGCCCCUGGCGGUGCCCAGAGGGGGGUGGGGACGGAUGAGGAGCCCCUGGCGGAGCCCAGAGGGGGGUGGGGACGGAUGAGGAGCCCCUGGCGGAGCCCAGAGGGGGGUGGGGACGGAUGAGGAGCCCCUGGCGGUGCCCAGAGGGGGGUGGGGACGGAUGAGGAGCCCCUGGCGGUGCCCAGAGGGGGGUGGGGACGGAUGAGGAGCCCCUGGCGGUGCCCAGAGGGGGGUGGGGACAGAUGAGGAGCCCCUGGCGGUGCCCAGAGGGGGGGGGGGUCGGAUGAGGAGCCCCUGGCGGUGCCCAGAGGGGGGUGGGGACGGAUGAGGAGUCCCUGGCGGAGCCCAGAGGGGGGUGGGGACGGAUGAGGAGUCCCUGGCGGUGCCCAGAGGGGGGUGGGGACAGAUGAGGAGCCCCUGGCGGUGCCCAGAGGGGGGUGGGGACGGAUGAGGAGCUGGUGCCCCCCCUCCCUAUGGCUGCAACCAGUUGGCUUGGGAGACAAGUGAGCAAAUAAACACAGAGGCCUCUUCCCUGUCACCCCGAGAGCAAUUGCUUCUGUGUCUGUUCCCUAAUAAAGGAGUCUCUCUCAUGC